AUGUUAAAUAUAGAUGUUGAACAUCGCUUGGAACUAGCAGAAAGCUCAGAACCGGAAUUGUUGGGAAGGCGCUUCGUAAUACCAAAGCUCGAUUAUGUAAAUAGUCACAUUAGAUUUAAUAACAUCGAGUACGUAGAGUUAAGCGGCCCAAUGUGUUGCGGUUGUGAUUUUAUUGCUGAAAAUACAAAUAACCUCAUGGACCACAUCGUCGCGAAACAUACGCACAUAACGAGAGGUCCAAACGAUUCAUUCGUUUGUGAUAUUUGCUAUAAAGCAUACGAAGAUAAGCAUCAACUACAGAGUCAUCGGCAGUGGUUCCUAAAUACGGAAAUUUUCGUUUGCCAUUAUUGCUCGUACGGUUUCACUUGCGAAGAACAUCUAACGCGACACUUGAGUACGUGUAUCGAGCAAGAGGAGGAAAGUCAGCUAAUUGAGCAUAAAGAACAGAAAACCUCACUGGACGAUCAUCUUCCAACGAAAAUAGAGAACAACGACCAUCAUGGUGCGAUCAUUCUCGACAAUGCUAUGGUAACUGAUAUCAUACAGCAACAGUCACUGAUUUGCGAAUCUACCAAAACCAACAGUUACGGGUGCUGUUUUUUACGCUGCAGUGCAUCAUUCGAUCGGGAAAUCGAGCUGCACCGUCACGUACGGGAAUUGCACGCCGUCCGUCAACGGAUUCACCAAAGCGAACGCACAUCCGAUCAGUACGUGUGCGACACAUGUCAGUUGAACUUUAAAAGCAAUAAAACGUUACAACGACACCGAAACGGUUGGAAGUUGAAACAGAACAACGUUUGCUUUUAUUGUAGCAAAGGAUUUAUUACUCCUGGUGCCUUGAAAGAUCAUGUACAGCAGCUGCACAUCGACACAUCUCCACAAUUCCGCUGUGAGCGCUGUGGCAAGCAAUUCAGGAAGAGUUCGCUUCUCAAGUUGCAUCUGAUAACCCACCGGCAGGAUCGUCAGUAUGGUUGCGAUCAGUGUGACGCACGAUUCCACUUCGGCUAUCAGCUGAAGAAGCAUCUCCAGGCGGUUCACGCUACGGAGUUUCCGUACGAUUGUAGCCAGUGCAACCGAAAGAUGCCAAACAAGCACCGGUACGAUCUGCACAUGCGGAUGCACACGGGCGAAAAGCCGUACGCAUGUCGGCAUGACUGUGGUCGUAAGUUUGCACACGCGACCGAUCGCCGAAGGCACGAAAUGGUCACACAUACCGGAGAGAAACCACACCGUUGCAACAGCUGUAGUAUGGCGUUCGUUAGACGCAGAGAAUUGCAGCAACACUAUCGCCAAUUCAAAGCACAUGAUGUGGAUAUAUCGGUGUGCUAGGAUUAUUAGGCACACAGGAGGCACAAGAGGGAUUCAAUCAAGUGUAAAAUAAUAAACAAGAAGAGAGCAAGACACUAAGAUAUUAAAAUAGGAUAUUUACUUAUUCACAAUACAUCACUCUUGCUUAAUCGGUCGUGCGAUCUUGGCCUGCAUCGUCUGGCCCGUUGGAAGACUCACUCCUCUAAACCGCUCAUGAUCGAACGCUGUUGCACGCCAUUUAAAAUAACCCGGCCUUUUUGGCGGCUGCAUGAACUCGAUCUCAACUUAAGCUAAUGCUGGACGUCUUUUUUGUCCAUUUGGACAAAUAAAGACUUUACAGGAUAGGUUGUCCGGUCGUUCUAAUAACUUUACCAGUCAGGUGUAGCAGCAGGUCGUCAUCGUAGGAUAGAUGAAAUUUUGGACUUCAAAAGUGCGAUCACCCAUUUCUACGUUCCCCCUGAAUCAACCAGGAUUUGUCUGAAAAUGGCACCAUCAAUUUAAUUUGUUUCAAAUUUUUAAAAAUCAAAAGAUUCACGAACACUAGCUACUUGUUUUUCGAGUUUAUUACAUUCUAACCACUGUCACAUAGCGUUCCAAAAUUUAAUUCGCAUUUAAUGUCUCCCAUUUUGCCUCGCGCGUA